AUGGAUCUCAUACCUCCAACACAUAAAAUUAAAAGACGUAAUUCUCUGCAUGGUCUCAUUUUUAGGCGUGGCUCUGAUCCCUACUCCUUGACUCCACCAAGAUCCCACCCUGUGUGUGUGUGUGUACACAUCCAGUACUACUUUGCAUACACUAUAAUGGAACAUUCAUUUUGUGCCUUGGUCAACUAUACCAGAAAAUACACGUUCAGUGACAUCUUGCUGACACUGUUUGCUAGUACUGCCAAGGUUAUUUUCAGGUCAUUGUCUACCAAUGUGUACCAUGUACAGUGUGCAAUGCUGGUUAUCAGAACGUGGAACCUCUUACCUGCUAAACUGGAUUUCUCUUCUGUAGACCUGGCUGGCCUCUGCCUUCCAAGUGCAGAGAUUAAAAGCAUGCACCACCACAACAUGGCUACCAACCUGUAUAUAUUACUCUCAACUCCCAAGAAAUUCUGGCAACACGACAGGUGUCCCUGCCUUAUAAAGCUUCCCAGCAACGAAGAUGAGGAAGCCACUAGUGUGACCCAACACUAUCCUGGGUUUUCCUGGGAGUAAAAGUUCCCAGGAGCAGCAACUCUGUCCAGAAACAUGGAGUCCUGCAAGAACUGACCCACCCAUCUUCAGACUCCCUCUUCUUAGCCACCCAUCAACUCACAACCCUGGUGCAAUGCUAGAGGCACAACCAUGAUGCGCUAUUGGAGCUGGUCUUGUGUGCUGUGAAUCCAGAUGCUGAGUUCUGUGUUCAAGUUAAGGUUGCAAUCUAGACAUAGGCACUGCAUUGGCCAAUGUGCUGUAUAAAGAAUGCUCCCUGAUAAUCUCUGACUGGAUAAUAAAAGGCUAGAGCCUGUGAGUGGGCAGGAGGAAGGCAGGACUUAAAAUGGGAGUGGGGGGGUCUCAGGAAUCACUACAAGAAAAAAGGGAGAGGAAGACAGGGCAAACAUGGCAAGACUCCAUUUGGAAUGGAGCAUAAGGCCUAGAGGUGGGCUAUAGGUUAGAAUACCCCAGGAACCUGCCCAUUUAGGCUUAUGGCUCGUUAAUAAAAAUACCAGGUUUUUGUAUUUUAAUCAGUAGCUAUAUGGGCUAGAGAGAGCAGAAACCUCCCCAUAAAACCUCUAUACUCUUCUACCAACUAAUGGCUGUUGUCACAAACAAAAAUAUUAGAGGACGUAGAUACAUCUCAAUUUACUGUGGGGAUCUCACACUCCCCUAGACUCCCCCAAAAGAAAACCACAGGUGGAAAAUAUAAAUGAAAUGCACUUACCUUUCCCAACUGCCAAACACCAACAGUAUGCCAGUUACCAGCUGGGAUCACCACCAGGGAGCUGCACCUCACUCCAGAGAAUCAGACUAGAGCGCACCUGCACCCUCAAGCCAAAACAUUCUUGAUUGUGGGGCUAAGGAUACGCCAGUGCAGAGUGCUUGCCUAGUACAUGCAAGCUCGGCCUUCACUCAGUACCACAUCAAACAACCCUGGUGGCAAUGCCUAUUAAUUUCAGCACUUUGAUGGGGGCAGAAGCAGCAGCUCAAGUCAUUCCUGCCUACAUAAGUGAGUUCAAGACCAGCUGGAGCUACAGCAAACUUGGGGAGAUAGGGGUGGGGGUAGGUGUUUGAAAAUAUAUACCAGUGUUACUUCUGAAUUUCAUCAUUUAAAAAUUCAAGUCUUAGCCAGAGCUUAGUGGCACACACCUUUGAUCCUCUGGAGGCAGAGGCAGGUGGAUCUGUGAGUUUGAGGCCAGGCUAAUCUAUACAGUGAGUUCUGGAACAGCCAAAGCUAUGCAGUAAGACCCUGUCUCAAAAUUAAAAUAAAAUUGAAUUAAGUAAAAAA